AUGUCCACUACCAUAUCUUCCCUUCCCUUCUCUCUCUCCCUUCCCCACAACUCUAGGGUUUCCCUUUUCUAUCCACCUUCAUCACCUAUUCCAUCCCAAUCGUCUAUCACCUUUCCCACAAAAAAAUGGAGGUUUUUAUGUUUUAGACAUGAAAACACUUCAUCAGAAAUUAAUGGCUCUGUGCUCAAAGACGAUAAAUUGGCAGAAGAUUUGGUGAAGCUUGAAGGUGACCAGACCAAAGACCUGAAAAAAGAUUGGUUUGCAGCUAUUCAUCCGGUCAUAACUGUUAUUCAUGGUGUGGAACCCUGGACAGUUCCUUGGACAGCAAAAACCAUUGUUCAGGUUAUGCUCCUCUGGAUUGCCUCAUUUUGGUUUGUAGGAUCUUGGAUAGUUCCAUUUUUAGCAUACACAGCAGGGUUUAGAAAGGAAUCUCUUACAUACAGAGGGCAAGCAUUGUACAGCCUCUUGACGGAUGUUGCCGAAGGUGUGAUUGGGAUAGCAAUUCUUCGUCAUUGUCUUGCAAAGUUUCAACCUCUUUCAUCUGAUUGGUUCAAAUUUGAACUCAAGGGGAACUGGCAGUUUGAUGUUGGUUUAGGCUGCCUUAUGUUCCCCCUUAUCAAUCAGCUAUCACAAAUGAACCUAAAUUUGUUGCCUGUUCUUCAAUAUACUCCAGUUACCAUCUCAAGUGUAGAGCAAUCCAUUGUUGCGCGAGACCCUGUGGCAAUGGCGCUCUAUGCAGUGGUAGUCUCAGUUUGUGCCCCAAUAUGGGAGGAGAUUGUCUUCCGUGGUUUUCUUCUCCCAUCUUUAACCAAGUACAUGCCUGUAUGGAGUGCAAUAUUAGUUAGCUCAGUAUCCUUUGCCUUGGCACAUUUUAACAUUCAGAGGAUGCUACCACUUGUAUUUCUUGGCAUGGUGAUGGGUACUGUCUUUGUACGGUCUAGAAACCUCUUGCCAUCAAUGUUGUUGCAUAGUUUGUGGAAUGCUUUUGUAUUUCUGGAUCUCAUGAAAUAA